UCUCCACGCGGCAGGCUACUGAGGCGAAACACGUUGCCCAUCAAGUGACCGGAUACUACGUGACGUCUACUGGUCUACGCCUGUCUAAGGUGUCAGACGAGAUUACAAGUCUACGAAGAUUUAUUGAUUAAAAUCAAGAAUUAUUUACUAAAAAAAAGCAUAGUACUUUUUUUGCAGUUGAAUAGCUAUCGUGUUUUUAUAACGUAAUAAGACCUAAAUGUUGGCUAACCGCUUGUUAAUCGCCCAGUUGAGUCAUAAUAGUAUUAUACUGUCCUAACGAAAUUAUUGCAUCAUUUCAAGAAAAAUAUAUUAGAAUACCAUAAAGUUUGAAGGAUCUGGUCUGGUGGAAUUAUCAUUAUGGCUAACUUCAUUGACACCACUGAACGGGAUGAAUUAAAUGAGUAUGAAAAUCAUUCUCUCUCUUCAUCAUCUUCAUCAUCGGCUGCUGAGGAAGAACCUCAAUAUGAGCCUGAACCUGAGCCUGAACCUGAGCCUGAACCCGAGCCAGAACCGGAGCCUACUCCAUCUGUGGAUUCUGUAAGCCAUCACAGUGAGAAGAGCCACAGUAGCCAUAGCCAUCACAGCAGUCCUCAUGGAAGUCGCCACAGCAGCCCUCAUGGAAGUCACCACAGCAGCCAUAGUAGCCACAGUCAUGGCAAUGUGGCUCCACCUCCCUCACAGCCAGUUCACCGCUCCACGUCAUCCGUCAGUGGACACAGCAGCCAUAGCAGCCAUAGUAGCCAUAGUCAUGGCCAUGUGGCUGCACCUCCACCACCACCUGUUCACCGCUCCACAUCUUCCAUCAGUGGUGGCGGUGACACCGUUUGCUGUCGAUGCUGCUAAGUGGUUCACAGCCUCAGACUCUAGCUUGUCACACACUACCGUACUUGAACCCCAUUUAUCACAUCAAUAAUAAUAGCUCACUAGAUUCCCAUGAGUGAUUCAAUCUAAAUUCGAAUUCUCUAACGGCAUGAAAAAGUUAGUAGGAACACUGUCGAGGUUAUUAGUUGAAAUUCCAGUUUGCCGCUAAGUGAUGCUAUAAGCAGCCAUAAAUCAUGUUGCAGCCAUGCUAGUAGAGUGGCUUGCUUCCAUUAAAGCUUUGCGUUUGAUUAUGCACUGUUAUUUAGAUUGUAUCUCUUCCCACCGGUCGUAGUUAUACAUUAUAUCCAGUCAUAUAUAUUGUGAGGUUUCAUGGUAGCUCUUCCCGUAAAUGCAAGUUGACAACUUUCAAGAUCUUGAGUAAUUAGGUAAUUUCUUGACAUCAUUGGAUAAAAAUUUUAAACAUUUUGUGAUCUUCCAGAAAAUGGGUUUGCUAGCUGUGCUGUGUAACGUUCAUUUCUUUGUGAUUGUGGCAUGUAAUGACUACAUAGAUAAUUUAAAAUUUAAUGAAAGUCAAAGGUCAAAUAAUGUCAGUGCCUCAGUAUUAUCGCCCUAAACUUUUCCACUCGUUUCUUUAGUUUCAUGAAUAUGUUUUAGUCAUGUAUUCAGUGCAGCACGAGUGUUUCGUUUUCUCAAUACAAAAAGUCGGCCUCCUGCAACAAUUCAUGAAGUCAUACUGUUCUACACAUUAUUGCAGUUUCUUUCUUGAAUGUUUGCCAAUAUUUUAUUUUGGUCACAAUAAAUUAACUAGGUAUUCAAAAAUGGUACUUGACCUUGAAGGAAAUUGGUAACAUCAUUCUAAAGCAAGUUAGUGAAUUUAUUUUUUUUUUGCUGUGAUUGUGACAUGAAUUCAUUGAUUCAAUAUUCAUAGUGAGACCUCACAAUCAGUAGCAUGAAUAUUUAAUUAUUCUGUAAUUUGCAUGUAUCCAAGCAUCGUUUUGCAUGCAUAAAUUUCGAAUGAUAUGCAUAGCUUGUGAUGUCUUUCAGAAUCUCUUCACUUUUAAAGUUAUUACUAUUAGCUUGUCACAUUUAACUUAAUUAAGUGAACGCACAUUUAAAUAAUAUGAGAGAAAGAGAAGAAAAUAAUUAAAAGCUGCUUACAAUGAACUUGAAGUUGCCCUGGAAGGCUAAGUUACCAAAGUUCAUAUUACGGCCGCGUGACAUGAGCGAUUUGCCUUCAUCAAUGCCUUGUGUUUUACUAUGAACUGAUAUUGAAGUUAUUAGAUGUGUAAUAGCUGGUAAUCUUCUUGCUAGUUGCUUAUACUCAUUUUUAUACAUUGAUAUUGUAGUUCAUAACUUACAUAGUUGCUGUAAUGACAACAUAGAAAUUAGUAAUCUUUUACUGUUUUAAGUACACAAGAUAGAUGCACGAGAGUGAACUUUUUUGUACUUGUGAGUUCCUCUGCUGAAAAUGAUUUUGAUAUUAACUGAAUCGAUGCCUGAUGAGUUUUAUAAGAUUCUUGUUUGAUACCUGGCUGUUUGAUACCACGGGAGUUUAGAUAUUCAUCAAGAAGAUUCUAUUUACAAUGCAGAAACUAAAUAUUUCUAUUCCAUGGUCACAAGUUUUUUACCUAAUGUUAAUCAGCUAGUGCUUUGCCUUUCUUUUAUUAUUUUUAUUCUCAAAUUCGCCCUAGUAUAUACCUAUACCUAUUUGAUUAAGUCGAAGCAAGCGUGUGUAAUGAAUUUUGCGUGCGAUGCGCGAGCAGAGGUGGCUUCAUGAGUUUGAAAGAUGUAUUACAUGCCGUGUUAACGUCGGUGAAACUUCAUUUAGGUUUGAUUUUUCUCGUUUUAAGCUUUGUUACAUUUCAUCUUAGAAUCUUGUCUGUCACUGCCAACUGAUUUUUGAAACUACUACAUCUAUUAGAUGUUUUUGUUCUUGCUCCGUUAUGAAUGCAUAGAGAGAGCAGUGAGGAAUGAACGAAAAACAACAUAGGUACUAUUUCUUCCAGCCUUAGUAUAGUUUCAAAGCCUUGCUGCUGAAAGAUGGUUAAUUUACUCCCUAGAAAUAAGAAAGGAAUCUCGUUUCUUCCAGCCUUAGUAUAGUUUCCUUGCCUUGCUGCUGAAUCAUGAUUUAUUCAAGCCAUAGAAAUAAUGAAUUAAGCUUGUUGAUGUUCCCUUUACUUUAGUUUAGUUCCUAAGCUUUGCUCCUGACGGAAUAAUAAUUUAAGCAGUAUAAAUAAUAGAAGUAAUAAAUGAAUCUUGCUGUGUUAGUAUAGUUCCAAAGGCUUACUGCCGAAGAAUUAUUUAACCCGUAUUAAUAAGCAAGUUCAUUUCAUUAUUGAUGUUAUGUUAAGAUUCAGCGUGCUGGGAAUCUGUUCGCUGUCCCUCACGUAUUUUUCCCCCGUUUGCUUUGUUCAUGAAAUUAUGUUUAUUAUAAGGAUAAUGUUUGAUAUAAGGAAUGCCAUCUUAGGUACGGUAUAUUUCAAGCUUAAAUUUGUUCUGGGAUACAUCACAAUGUUUGCUGUAAUUGCUCUGCUGCUUGGUAUUUACUUGCCUAUUCUCCAAAAUACUCAGUCCAUGCUUAUCAGCCUUAAGAUUUAAUCUGCUAUUGCUAGCUAUGAGUCUUCAAUUACGUCCAAUGGUAUAUUUACCUCCCAUAUCUCAAACUGAAUCUUCCUGCCAUUUCAAGUCGAUUUAUACCGACCAAUUGUUGGCUUAAUCUACUUGAACUUCAUAUCUUAAAAAAAUCUCCAAUUGAUAUUAAAAAAUGGCUUCAUUAUUCGAUCCGUUGUGGUUUGUUUACUGUUUAGUUCUGCGAGAAGGGAUAUCCACGAGUACUCAUAAAUGUCUCCGGUGAAAUGUGGGGGAUUCGGGAGAGGUAAAUGUGUCCGGUGGGAGAUGAUAAAGAAAUCUUGUGUCUCGUUUGGAUGUCUUAAAUUUACUAUCUGCGGAAGUGAUGUAAGCGGUUACUACUGUAGAUGAAGUUAGACGCUAGUCUGGUGAGGCUUGAUGCCUCUUCUGCAGGUUCAGUCCAUCACACGUGCGAGUAAUUUUCUCAGACGAGCUCGUUUACCAACUGAUAUGAGAUUAUUAUAAUAGUGAGCAUUGUGAGUUUUAUCAGAUGUUUAUCAUUUAAAACAGGAAUCAACCUUAAUUUAUGUUACCAGCAUCCAGCACUCACGGAACGUUCAGUUGAGAAUAUUUCUAAAACUCAUCCGCCCAUUUGAAGUGCCCGCAGAGUUGAAACUUGAUUCGUGCAUAACUAAUUCCUGGCUAUCAUUGACUCUUAAAUGUCCAUAUGUUUUCGUGUCUAGCUCGAAAUACUGUUGUAUCUUUAUUCGUAUUAGCCGGUAUAACCGCAUGGUAUUGUAGUAUGCGUAUAUCUUUCCCGCAGUCACUUGUACGCGUACUAGUAGUUUCUCUAAGCAUUAAGUUUCUGUCUGCCAUUCUUGUAGUAUCGCUCAAAAAAACUAUGCUUUAUUACUUUUUCAACGGAAUUAUUAGCUUGUGUGCUACGACCGUCAUACUGUCCAGUGCGAAGAAAAAUGCAGGUUCUUGUGCGACGGUUCAUUAAAAGUGCCUUUUAUGUGAAUAACUGAACGCGAUACGCUUCUUUUGGCCUUAAUAUUUUGUCUUGUUUAACUUUAAUUCUAGAUUGAAAGGGUUUUCUGCCUCGUCCAAGCGCAGAACAUUCCGUGUUGAAUUUUUUCCCAUUCUACUUUCAUUGUAAUACUUGGAAGCAAAACACUUGUAAUCUUAUUCCAUGCUUCUAAUUAGGCUGUGUCGCUGUUUUCUCGUGUAACUCGAGCUUCCUCUGAGUAUAAAUGGAGCCAGGCUUUGUCUUCA